AUGUCCGACGCCGCCCGAGGAAGGGGAAAAGCAGCCACCUCGGUAGUCUACCCGGUUUUCCCGGGAACACCAGGUUGGGGUGCUAUAAAUAAUUGCCCACACUUAACAGGCAAGGGCAAAUGGAGCGAGAAGCUACCCCCCCCCCCUGUGGGUACGGUAGGGCGGGGAUCAAGUCCGGAACCUCCGGGACCCGGGACCACUCCCGCUGAAGCGAGCACUCUGCGAGGAGCGGAGGCCUCUACAGUAACCCUUACGGUGGAACACUUGCAGGUCCUCAUAGCCGCCGCGUCCAAGGGAGGACCUCUCCCGAGCCCAACAACUAGCGCGCCCUACAAACGAGGACCACCGGGCCAGCUGGAACCACACCAUGUUGACCCGGAAGGGGAUACACCUGUACCCGAGGAGGACUAUGAAACCGAGGGUACACCUUUUACGAAGAAAAUACAAGGAGGUGGUCUGCCGGCCACGUUCCGACCCAUUACAUACGAGUACACGGGGGUAACGGACCCCUGGGAGCACAUAUCGCGGUUUAAUACUACCGCAUCAUUGCAUCGACUGGCCGAUGGGGUGAGAUGUCUGGUGUUCGCGACCACCCUAGCAGGGCCGGCUCAGAGGUGGUUCAGCCAACUCCCGAAGGAUUCGGUGGACAGCUUCGCCCAACUGAGAGAAAUCUUUCUGAAUCACUUUGCAAGCUCCAAAAAACAGAAAAGAAGUACCCUCACGCUAUUCGCUGUCCGUCAGCGAGAGAAUGAGCCGUUGCGAAGUUACGUACGGAGGUUCAAUACAGCGACUCUGGAAAUACCCGCGACUAGCGAGGAGGUACUCAUUAAUGCAUUAGCGCAGGGACUGCGUAUGGGGGAAUUCUUUGAUUCAAUUUCAAAAAAGGCUCCGACCUCAUUCAAUGACCUACUAAGGAGGGCGGAGAAGUACAUAAACGCCGAAGAAGCACGCCAGAGCCGGGCCUCCGAAAUGACCGGAGUACCAGAAAGAAGAAAGGAGAAGGGCAAAGAAGACGGAAGGAAGCCCGCGGAGGUAUUUUCCCGAAGGGAGGGAGUUGCCGAGAGGCGCACAGGGCCGCGGUUCGAAAAUUACGCUCCCCUAAACGCGCCACCCUCGGAAAUCCUGGUCGCCAUAGCCAACCACCCGCGACUAAAGUGGCCACGGACAUACUCAGAGGUCCCAAAAAAGCCAAUAGGAUCGGGUGCAUACUGCCGUUUCCAUAACGAUCACGGCCACUCCACUGACGACUGUCAACAUCUGCGUGACGAGAUAGAAAGGCUAAUAAGAAACAAGAACCUAUCAGAGUUCGUGAGGGAGGGCCGAGAAGCGACGCCCAAGGGUUCCAGGAAGCCCGGGUUGCCCCCUCCGGGUACAGAGAAGCCAGGGAAGAGUGAGGCUCCUCAACCUCCUAACAACUACAUCCACACGAUUUUUGGAGGACCCGCUGGAGGAGAUUCAAACCGGGCUCGGCGAGCCCAUCUGCGAGAACUGCAGGAAUUACGAGGAGAGCUAGCAAUGAUGUAUCGGGUGUCCCUGGCCCCACCCAUCACGUUUGGAGUGGAGGACGAGACGGGUAUACACCAGCCGCACAACGACGCGCUCGUCAUCACGGCCAUGGUCGCCAACUAUGAUGUCGCAAGAAUAUUAGUAGAUACGGGAAGCUCAGCGGACAUAAUAUACUACGAUUGCUUCAGGCAAAUGCGUCUGAACCUAGAGGUGCGACGAGUUGACACGGCGUUGGUAGGCUUCGCAGGAGAAGUAGUGCAGCCAAUGGGAGAAGUUACCCUACCUAUAUCCCUGGGGACCGAGCCCCUCCGAGCCACCCGAUCGGUUAGGUUUCUAAUCAUUGACGCUCCGUCCACCUACAACAUGAUAAUGGGCCGCCCGUCAAUGAACGUCUUCGAAGCAAUAGUGUCUACCUUCCACAUGAAAAUGAAAUUCCCGGUAAUGGACAAGGUUGGGGAAGUAAGAGGUGAUCAGGAGCUCGCGAGAAAGUGCUAUAACCUCGCCCUGCGAGAGAGCAGACGCAUCAAUCCGGUAAGUUGGGGAAAAGCAGAAAGACCCCGGGAAGAUGAUAUAGGAAGAUCCGAGGAGAAAAGACCCCGAAUAGACCCUGAAGAAAAGGAGCAGACGCAUAUACAACCAAUGGAGGAGCUGGCAGUAGUACAUUUGAGCGAGGAGGAUCCGAGUCGAAUAACAAAGAUGGGCACUCGGAUGGACUCGGAUACCGCGGAGAAACUACGGUUGUUCCUACAAGAAAACCAAGACGUGUUCGCAUGGACUCCUUGCGACCUCCGAGGAAUUGACCCCAUGGUUACGGAACACUGCUUAAAUGUCAGACCUGACGCUCGGCCGGUCAAGCAAAAGAGGAGACACUUCGGUGCCGAGAAGGACAAGGUGAUAGAAGCUGAGGUUAAAAAGUUGCUCGAGGCGGGACACAUCCGAGAGGUGAGAUUCCCGUCCUGGCUGUCAAAUGCGGUCCUCGUCAGGAAGGCAGAUGGAUCAUGGCGAAUGUGCGUAGAUUUUCGCGACCUCAACCAGGCCUGUCCCAAAGAUCAUUACCCGCUCCCGAGGAUCGAUCAGUUGGUAGACUCAACGGCCGGGUGUGCAAUGUUAAGCAUGAUGGACGCAUCCCAGGGGUACCACCAAAUUCGUCUAAAGGAAGAGGAUCAGGAGAAGGUCAGUUUUGUCACCUCCACGGGAACAUACUGCUAUGUAGUAAUGCCUUUUGGACUAAAGAACGCGGGAGCAACAUACCAAAGGCUAGUGGAUAAGAUGUUCCGGGAGCAGCUGGGAAAAAACAUGGAGGUCUACGUGGACGACAUGCUUGUCAAAAGCAAGGAAGUCGACGCACAUAUAAGUGACCUAAGGGAGACAUUCGGCACGCUGCGCAAGUACGGGAUGAAGCUUAACCCAUCUAAAUGUGCGUUCGGAGUACAGACAGGAAAAUUCCUAGGCUAUAUGGUGACACCAAGAGGGGUUGAGGCCAACCCCGAAAAAGUGCGAGCCGUCAUGGACAUGAGGCCGCCAAGAAACAUAAAGGAGGUACAGACAUUGGCAGGAAGAAUAACUGCCUUGAGCCGUUUCAUUUCCCGAGUAGCAGAUGCCAGUCACCCGUUUAUUAGGAUUUUACGAAAGAGUCAUCGGUUCGAGUGGGACGAGGCCGCCGACAAAGCGUUCGAGCAAUUAAAGGUAGCCUUGACGCAGCUCCCACUCCUAGUAAAGCCAGAGACCGGGGAGAAAUUGUAUGUGUACAUGGCAGCAGGGGAGCAGGCCAUCAGCACGGUGCUCCUUAGCGAGAGGAAUGGGGCGCAGUACCCGAUCUACUAUGUGAGCAGGAUGCUUAAAGGAGCGGAGAAAAGGUACUCGGAAAUCGAAAAAAUGGGGCUCGCACUGGUCACUGCUGCUCGGAAGCUAAGACCAUACUUCCUCUCUCACUCAAUUGUCGUCAGGACCAAUUUCCCCCUCAAAGCAACUUUGGGGAAAAUAGAUGUUUCAGGAAGAAUGGUCAAAUGGGCCGUUGAGUUAGGGCAAUUUGAUAUAGAGUACGAGCCGAGAAUCUCCAUCAAGGCUCAGGCUUUAGCGGACUUCUUACAGGAAACCACACGAAGUGAGGAAGAGCAAGUGUGGAAGAUAUAUAUUGACGGAUCGUCAAGUCCGGCCGGGAGCGGGGCCGGCGUGGUUAUAAUAAGUCCCGAGAAGGAAGAAUACGAGUACGCUAUCAAACUGACAUUUAAGGCUUCUAACAACGAAGCCGAAUACGAGGCCUUGAUACAUGCACUUCAGAUAGCCGCUGAGGUAGGAGCUGAUAUGGUGGAAAUAUACUCGGACUCCCAAUUGGUGGUACAGCAGGUCAGCGGAACAUUCGAGACGAGGGACGAGAGGAUGGAAGGAUACAGGGCUAGAGCGAAGGCCCUGAUGAGUAAUUUUCGACGGGCAAUUCUCGAACAAAUCCCUAGGGAAGAGAAUGAAAGGGCAGAUUUCUUGGCAAGGAUAGGGAGCCUAUCCGCAGAGUGCUCCUCUAGGAACAUAACCAUUUUGACAGGAUUACCUAAGAAACCACAGGAGCUGUUUAGCACGAGCGCGACGGUCGAUUGGCGAGCCAAAAUCGUGCAAUGUCUACAAGGUGGAGUGAUCCCGGACCGCCGAGAGCAAGCCAAAAUGGAGGCCAAGGCCCGGUACUUUUGCCUAGACGGGGGUGUCCUAUACAAGCGAGGGUUCACGAGACCACACCUCCGUUGUUUGGGGGAGGCAGAGGCCUCUCAUGCUAUCCGUGAGGUACACGAAGGGUGUUGCGGAGACCACGCGGGCGGAAGGGCGAUAGCAUUACGAUUGCUGAGGGCGGGCUACUUUUGGCCCACGAUGAGGAAGGAUGCAUUUCGAAUGGUCAGAAGUUGCGAGAAAUGCCAGAAAUAUGGCCCUCGCAUACACGUCCCGGGAGCAGAUAUGACGAUCAUAGACGCACCGUGCCCAUUCGCGCAAUGGGGAAUAGAUUUGGUCGGCCCUCUGCCUAUGGCCUCGGGCCAACGAAAAUUUCUGAUAGUAGCCAUCGAUUAUUUCUCCAAGUGGGUAGAGGCGGAAGCACUCGCCAGAAUCACAGAUACAGAAGUGAUGAAAUUCAUAUGGAAGAACAUUUGUUGUAGGUAUGGAAUACCUAGGAACCUGGUGUCGGAUAACGGGACGCAGUUUAAUUCGGCAAAAAUAAGCAAGUGGUGCGAGGGAAUGGGAAUCAAGCAAAGGUUCGCAGCGGUUGCACACCCACAGGCCAAUGGCCAAGUUGAGGUAACAAACAGAACGCUGAUGGAAGGAAUAAAGAAACGUUUGGAAAAGGCGAAAGGCAGUUGGGUGGAGGAACUCCACUCGGUCCUAUGGUCUUACAGGACAUCUCCAAAGGAGGCCACGGGGGAAACACCGUUCGCACUAGUACAUGGUACUGAAGCAGUAAUAACAUUAGAAGUAGGCAUGCCUUCGAGCCGUAUACUAAGUUUCCACGAGAGGAGAAACAACGACGAAAUAAGAGGGGACUUGGACUUGAUCAUAGAGAAGAGAGAGCAAGCGGCGAUCAAAAUGGAAGCAAGCAAGGCCAGGAUGAAAAACGCAUAUGACAGAAAAGUAAAAACGAGACAGUUCCAGGUAGGUGACAUGGUGUUGAAACAAGCGGAUGCCUUGAAAGCGGUGGGAAAAAUGGGCCCCAACUGGGAGGGCCCUUACAUUGUCAAGAAAGCACUCAAAGGAGGGGCAUACGAGCUGGCAGAUGCGGAGGGAAAAAAGUUACCCCGGCCGUGGAACAUACGUCACCUGAAGAAGUUCUUCACAUAA